AAAUUUUCAAGUACAACCUAAUUGCUACAAUACAUAAACUACACAGAACCGAUCAAGGUUGUAAUUUUACACUUUUUUUUAAGUAAAUGAUUGCCUUUUGAAUCAGUUGAUACCAUCGCGAUUUUUCAUUAUAUAACCGAGUCGGAUUUCUCGAUUUUAUCAAAACCAUUUACAUUAUCCAUCCAUACAUCAUCCAUCCAUACACUAAUUACAUACAACACAUACACAAUGAGACAAGCUACUUUCUCCUCUGCCGAAGAUGCUUCUGAAUACUUAGCUAAUUACAUCAUCUCCAAAGUCAACAAUUUCCAACCAACUCCAUCCAAACCAUUUGUUCUCGGUUUACCAACUGGUUCUUCUCCAGAAGGUGUUUACGCUAGAUUGAUCAAGGCUAACAAGGCUGGUAAGGUUACUUUCAAGAACGUCGUUACUUUCAAUAUGGAUGAAUACUUGGGAUUAAAACCAACCGACAAACAAUCAUACCAUUACUUUAUGUAUGACAAAUUCUUCAACCAUGUUGACAUUCCCAGAGAAAAUAUCAAUAUCUUAAACGGAUUAGCUACUGACAUUGACAAAGAGUGUGCCAAUUACGAAGCCAAGAUCAAGAAAUAUGGUAGAAUUCACUUAUUUAUGGGUGGUUUAGGUCCAGAAGGUCAUUUAGCCUUCAAUGAAGCUGGUUCUUCUAGAGACUCAAUUACUAGAAGAGUUAGUUUAGUUCCUUCUACUAUCAAGGCCAACUGUAGAUUCUUUGAAAAUGAUGAAUCUAAGGUUCCAAGAUAUGCCUUGAGUGUUGGUAUUUCUACUAUUUUAGACAAUUCCGAUGAAGUUGCAUUGAUUGUUUUAGGUGAAGCUAAGGCUGCUGCUUUAGAAAAGACUAUUCACGGUAAAAAGAAUGAUGCUCAAUUCCCAUCAAGUUAUUUGCAAGAUCAUCCAAAUGCCUUGAUUGUUUGUGAUAAUGCUGCUGCUGGCUUGAAGUCAAAAUUAUAAGCGUAUACCAUUUAUCUUUCUUCUUUAUAGAGUUUAAUACAAAAUUUUUCUAGGUCUAAAUACUUCAUAUAUCCCC